AUGACUAGCAUUGAUAGAAGGGAGGUUAAUUGUCUUAUUGGGAACGAUUGGGAGUAUUUUCACUACCCUGCUGCUGGUACCUCAGGAGGUAUUUUGGUGUUAUGGAACAAGAAGAUGGUGUCAUUUGUUAUUAAGGAGAAUUCUUCUCAAGUUAUUGUUGGUGAUCUCUCGGUUCCCAACAUGGGGUCUUGUAAAGUUGCCACUGUAUAUGGGAGUAGAUGCUGUAAGGAGAGGGGAAGUCUUUGGAGUCAACUUGAGAAGUGUUUGGAUGAUUCAAUUCCUUCCAUUAUUGGUGGGGAUUUUACCUGUAUGCUGAACAAGGAGGAGAAGAGAGGAGGUAAAAGGCAUCUUGCAAGAGUGGCUUCUAACCAUAGUCCAAUUGUUCUUAAAUUGGAUGAAAGGGUGAGGUUCAAGUCAAAGGCUAUCAAUUUUGAGGAUACUUAUAGAUCUUACCUAGAAGCUAAGAAUUUUGUGUAUCACUCUUGGAAGAAGAAUGACUUUGGUGAUGAGCAUAUAAUCUUGCAAAAGAAGCUUAGGAGAACAUUAAAAGCACUAUUUUUUUUGAAUAAAAAUAAGUGCAAGGAUUUGAAUAUGUUGAAGGAAAAGAUGAAAAAGGAAAUCCUAGAACUUCAGAACAAGGAAGCUUUGGGGGAAGAUUGGUCAGUUGAUGACCUUUUUUUGCUUAGAAACAAAGUGCAUGAUUUUAAUGUCACAUUGAGAAGAUUGUCUACUUGGUGGAAUCAAUGGGCAAAAGAAAGUUGGCAUGAGGAAGGAGAUACAAACUCAAAGCUUUUUCAUAACUUUGCUACGGCUAGAAAAAAUGGUAACCGGAUAAAUCAAGUUAAAGAUGUGUUUAAUAAAUUGCAAGAUGGGGAUGAUCAAAUUGAGAAGAUUUCGGUCUUCCAACAAGGAAACAAUAAGUCACCGGGUAUGGAUGGUGUUACCUCUUCUUUUUACAAGAGAUAUUGGAGUAUUGUUUGGGAGACUUUAUGGAAUGCCAUUAGUUGCUUUUUAAAGUCUAGUCAUAUGAAUAGGGAAUGGAAAGAUACUCUAAUAGUCUUAAUUUCUAAAGUGAAGAACCCUUUGAUUCCAUCUAACUAUAGGCCUAUCGGCCAUUGCCAGACUAACUAUAAGAUUGUGGCUACCAUGUUAGUUAACAGAUUGAAGAACUGUAUUUCCAAGAUGAUUUCUAAAGAGAAAAUGGCAUUCAUUCCUGGAAGAUCUAUUUCGGGGCAUUGCUUUUUGGCUCAGGAGAUCUUUCACAAGUUCAAAAUCUCUAAAAACAAAAAGGAGUUGAUGGCUAUAAAAUUGGAUAUGGAGCAAGCAUAUGAUAGCAUGGGUUGGACAACUCUUCGUCAAAUUCUUAAAUGGUAUGGUUUUCCUACUGAUUUUUCUAACCUUCUCGUGGUGUGUGUUGUAGAUGUGAGGUUUUCCAAUAUUAUUAAUGGAAAGAAUUCCAAGUGGAUCAAUGCUCAAAGUGGGUUCCGUCAAGGGUGUCCACUUUCACCAUACCUUUUUAUCUUGUGUUCUCAAAUUAUGUCCAACUCUCUAGAGCAAAGAGGGCAGACUCUUGACAUUCAACCCAAAGGUCCAAACAUCACACAUCUACUUUAUGUAGAUGAUGUGUUUAUUUUUUCGCAUGUCUCUAUUACCUUAGCUAAUACCUUGAAGAUCAUGGUGGAGGACUUCUGUAAGUGGACAGGUCAAAGAGUUAAUUUCAACAAGUCACAGAUUAUUUUUGGCAAGGUUGUUAGUUACCUUAUGAAGAAGAGGAUUGCUAGAGUACUUGGCUUCAAAGUGGUGAAGGAGAUGAAGUACUUGGGUGUAAAGAUCUCACUUAGUAGACUCAAGAUGGCUAAUUUUCAAGAGCAUUUGAGUAAUAUCAUGGAUAGACUUAAUGCUUGGGGUAAGAAGUCUUUUUCAAUGGGAGGGUGUUACAUGAGUUGGAAAAACUUUGUAGAAAAUUCAUUUGGCAUAAAAUUGAUGGGACUAAUGCUUUUGCUAAGUAAUGGGAAAUGGAAUUAUACCGUGCUACAAAGGGCCUUCCAUCAUGAUUUAAUCUUAUUGAUCAGCCAAAUUCAUAUUGAAUAUGAGGUGGAGGAUCGGGUGGAGCUGCUGAACAUGUGCUCGGGUAAAACAGUUUCUGCAUUGGCUUAUGAGCAAUUGUUGUUUAACAGAUUUACCUUGGAGGAUGAUGGUCCAUAUCUUUCUAGCUGGGGUACUAAUCUUCUUAGAGAGUCUCAAAAUACUUGGUGCCCUCAACCGAAAGAUUGGAUUAAGAUUAAUGUGGAUGCUUCAUUGCUUAGUUCUAAUCUUGCUAGAAUUGGUGGCAUUUUUAGAGACCACAAAGGCAGAUUUAUCAGUGCAUUUGGAAAGAAUAAAGUCCAUUGGGAUAUUGCUCAGCUUGAGCUGGAAGCUGCAAUCACGGCUUCAGUCGCGUGA